GGCUCGUAGGUGGGGGCUGUGAUUGGGCCUCCUCUUGUAUAACAGAUCAAUCACAACAAUUUCUAACAAACAUAAACAAAUGGUCAUUUAUUGAAGAACAACAAGUCAUAUUUUUAUUCCUUUAAUCUUGGGAAACAAUUGUAAUGCAAGUCAGUUGCAUUUUGUCCUUUUAGACUGCAAUAUUUGAUCAUUUGCCACCUUAGAUUUGUCAGUAUCUGGAAAAGGCUCAUUAAACUGGUGUACAUUCUCUCUCUCUCUCUAAGAAGUAAGUAUGGAUGUCUUAACACAGCAGGAAGUCAAAAAGUACCGUGAAGAUGGCUACCUUGUGCUGGAAGGAGUCUUCAGCCCAGAGGAGUGCGAAGCACUGCGAAAACGAAUGAGUGAAAUAGUGGAGCAGAUGGAUGUUCCAGUUCACUGCCGCAUUCAGUUCUCUACUGAUCAUGACGAGCAGCUGAAGAGCCAGGGAAAUGCAGAUUACUUCAUGAAAAGUGGGGACAAGGUCUGCUUUUUCUUUGAAAAAGGAGUCUUCGAUGAAAAUGGGGAGUUUACUGUCCCAAGGGAACACUCACUAAACAAAAUUGGACACGCUCUCCAUGCCCAUGAGCCUAUAUUUAAAUCCAUCACACACUCCCCUAAAGUCCAGAACUUGGCUAAAAAACUGGGUCUUAUAAGUCCUGUUGUUUUGCAGAGCAUGUAUAUUUUUAAGCAACCAGGUAUUGGUGGAGAAGUGAUGCCUCAUCAGGAUGCGACCUUCCUGUACACGGAGCCUCUGGGCCAAGUGAUGGGGGUGUGGAUCGCUCUAGAAGAUGCAACCCUUGACAACGGCUGCCUGUGGUUCAUACCAGGCUCACACAGGAAUGGAAUCACCAGACGGAUGGUUCGAACCCCAGAAGGCACAUUCCCUUUGACUGACUUCAUUGGUCGAGAACAAAAUUAUGAUGAUGGUCUCUUCAUACCAGCACCUGUCAAGAAAGGUGAUGUGAUUCUAAUCCAUGGUGAAGUGGUCCACCGUAGUGCCAAGAACAACUCAGAUGCAUCACGUCAUGUGUACACCUUCCACAUCAUGGAGUCCGAGAACACGUGCUGGAACCCUGAGAACUGGCUACAGCCGACUGAGGAGCUUCCCUUCCCAUCACUCUACACCUAAAACUACAAAUAAGUCCUUCCUGCUUUAUUAUUUCCACCCAGUUAAUGACAAGUCCCAUUUCCUCUUUUUAGAUUAAUAUCGUCUUAUCUGGUACUGUAAGACAAUCCAGAGCGAUACAUCUAGUUAUGUGCAUGAGAAAAUUAACUCAAACAUUGUGUAUAAUGUACAACCUGAUGAUUUUGGAAUGUUUACUUGUUAUAUAUAGCAUUUUACUGUUUUUAGUAUUUUAGGAACUAUUCCCUUGUUUGCAUACAAUCAGAAUAUUUUCUUUGACAUAUAUUUGAAUGAAUAU